GUGUUUGUUUUCCAACCCCCACAACACCUCCUAGUAAAAUGUACCAAUCUACGACAAAAACCAGCACAAGCUCCCUCUAAUUUCUAGCCCCUCUCUUCUCUCUCUCUCUUUCUUACCCUCUUUAUUCACAACCCUUUAUUCCAUUUCACUUUGUGGUGCCAAAACAAAACUACACAUAUCCGUAUCUCUCUACAUAUUACAUAUCUACAUACAUAUACAUACACAUAAACAUACAUAUACAUAUACAUCUGAUAUAUGCAAAUGAAGAGGAGGUGGAUGCAAUGGAGCACAUCAAUUUUGAUGACCCUUUUCUUGAUUCAAAUCAUUGUUGUUCAUAGCAUCAAUGAAAAAGAAGAAGAGGAAGUUGAUAAUGAGAACAUGAGUCUAGAACUUGUUCAUAGGCAUGAUUCUAGAGUAAUUGGUGAUGUAGAUCAACUUGAAGCCAUAAAGGGUUCCAUUCAAAGGGAUUAUUUUAGAAGACAAAGGAUGAAUCAAAUAAAAGGAAUCAACCAAAAUCAUAGAAGAAAGGACAUUGAAACUCAACAAUUUCAAAUGCCAAUGCAUUCAGGAAGAGAUUAUGCACUUGGUGAGUAUUUUGUUGGGGUUAAAAUUGGAUCACCAGGACAAAGUUUUUGGCUUGUUGCUGAUACAGGAAGUGAAUUUACAUGGUUUAAUUGUAAGCCUCGUGGAAAACAUCUUGGUAAUGGUGGUGGACAUAAACAUAAACAUAAAGGAGAGUCAAAAUCAAAGACAAAAACAAAAACAAAAACAACAACUGCAAGGAGAAAAAGGGGUGCUUCUAAUAAUCCUUGUUAUGGAGUUUUUUGUCCUCAUCGUUCUAAUACAUUUCAACAAGUUACUUGUUCUUCUCAUAAGUGCAAGGUUGAACUAAGUAAUCUUUUUUCUCUUAGUUAUUGUCCUAAUCCUUCUGAUCCAUGCCUUUUUGAUAUCAGCUAUGCUGAUGGUUCAUCUGCUAAGGGAUUCUUUGGCACUGACACAGUAACAGUAGCCCUCACAAAUGGAAAGAAAGGAAAACUUCACAAUCUAACAAUUGGAUGCACACAAACAAUGCUUAAUGGGGUAACAUUCAAUGAAAACACAGGUGGAAUAUUAGGUUUAGGCUAUGCAAAGGAUUCAUUUGUUGAUAAAGCAAGUCUACAAUAUGGUGCAAAACUCUCCUAUUGUCUUGUUGACCAUUUGAGCCACCAAAAUGUUUCAAGCUACCUAACAUUUGGAACACCAAAAGUCAAAUUGUUAAGUGAAAUAAGAAAAACAGAACUUUUUUUAUACUCUCCAUUUUAUGGUGUGCAUGUGCUUGGUAUCUCAGUUGGAGACCAAAUGUUGAAAAUUCCACAUCAAGUUUGGGAUUUUAAUGCUGAAGGAGGUAUGAUAAUUGACUCAGGUACAACCUUGGCAGGACUUGUUCUUGAAGCCUAUGAUCCUGUUUUUGAGGCAUUGAAAAAGUCUUUAACCAAUGUCAAAAGACUUGAUAUUGGUGUUUUGGAUUUUUGCUUUGAUAGUGAAGGGUUUAAUGAGAGAACUGUGCCUAGAUUAGUGUUUCAUUUUGCAGGAGGAGCAAGGUUUGAACCACCAAUUAAGAGUUACAUCAUUGAUGUUGAACCAAAAGUUAAGUGCAUUGGAAUUGUUCCAAUAAAUGGGACUGGUGCUUCUGUUAUAGGAAAUAUUAUGCAACAAGAUUUUCUAUGGGAAUUUGAUUUGGCUAAGAACACUGUUGGUUUUGCAUCUUCUACAUGCAACUAGAGACUUAUUCUUGUGUUUAGUUUUUUUUUUUUUUACUUCUUUUAUUUGUUCAUUCUCUUGGAGAGACAAAGAGAUUACAUUUGGUGUUUUUGUUUGAAUUGGAUUAAUAUUAUUCAUUAGAUUUCUUCUUCUUUUGUUUUCUCUUUCAAAUGCUCUGUAAUAUAUUACAUGUAAACUUGUAUCAUACAUCAAGUUUGAGUUUUUGUGAUGUUAAUGAUUCAAAGGUAUGGAUAUAUUGCAUCCAUACUCUCUUCCUUUA